AUCUUGUGUUGUUGAGGCUGAGGACUGACUUGGGUUCUGAGAGACUCCCUGUCCCGGACCGCAGAUUGUAGUGGGACCAGUCUCAUUAGGUUGAAUCUACAGCCUAUGUUGGUGUUAAUCCGGGUAUCUUAGAGUGUUAAAAGGACCUGAACAAAGUCUGCUCACACCUCCUGCUGUGAACCAGCAGAACUUUUGAACAGGUUUCUCCACAUAUAAAAAUCUAUUGUAAAAAUACGGAAAAUAAUGGCAGCAGAAACGCAGACACUGAACUUUGGGCCUGAAUGGCUCCGAGCUCUGUCCAGUGGUGGGAGUGUCACGUCCCCUCCUCUUUCUCCAGCUUUGCCGAAGUAUAAAUUAGCAGACUAUCGUUAUGGUCGAGAAGAAAUGUUAGCACUUUUCCUUAAAGAUAACAAGAUACCUUCAGACCUACUGGAUAAAGAAUUUCUGCCUAUCCUACAGGAGGAGCCCCUGCCUCCGUUGGCUCUUGUACCCUUUACAGAAGAAGAACAGAGAAACUUUUCCAUGUCUGUAAAUAGUGCCGCUGUCCUGCGAUUGACAGGACGAGGAGGAGGAGGAACAGUGGUGGGGGCUCCUAGAGGUCGAAGUUCUUCAAGAGGGCGAGGCAGAGGCAGAGGUGAAUGUGGUUUCUACCAAAGAAGCUUUGAUGAAGUAGAGGGUGUGUUUGGUCGAGGAGGUGGCAGGGAAAUGCAUAGGUCACAGAGCUGGGAGGAAAGAGGUGACAGACGUUUUGAAAAACCAGGACGAAAAGAUGUAGGGAGACCAAAUUUUGAGGAAGGUGGACCAACAUCGGUGGGAAGAAAGCAUGAAUUUAUACGAUCAGAAAGUGAAAACUGGCGUAUUUUUAGAGAAGAACAAAAUGGAGAGGAUGAAGAUGGAGGUUGGCGGCUAGCUGGACCGAGACGGGAUGGAGAGAGGUGGCGGCCCCACAGCCCUGAUGGCCCUCGUUCUGCAGGCUGGCGGGAACACAUGGAGCGACGGCGAAGGUUUGAGUUUGAUUUUCGAGAUCGGGAUGAUGAACGGGGUUACCGACGGGUGCGCUCUGGCAGUGGAAGCAUAGACGAUGACCGGGAUAGCUUGCCUGAGUGGUGCUUAGAGGAUGCUGAAGAAGAGAUGGGCACAUUUGACUCCUCUGGAGCAUUCCUCUCUUUAAAGAAAGUACAGAAGGAGCCGAUUCCAGAAGAGCAGGAGAUGGACUUCCGGCCUGUAGAGGAAGGUGGGGAGUGUUCUGACUCUGAGAGCAGCCAUAAUGAAGAAGCCAAAGAACCCGAUAAGACAAAUAGGAAAGAGGGAGAGAAGACAGAUAGAGUAGCAGUUGAAGCUAGUGAGGAAACAUCCCAGACUUCCUCAUCGUCUGCUAGACCAGGUAGUCCUUCAGACCAUCAGCCUCAGGAAGCACCACAGUUUGAGAGGAAAGAGGAACCCCAAACUGAGCAAACGGAAAAAGCUGAGGAAGAGAGUCAGACGGAAACUAGCCUACCAACCAAAGUGCCCAGCAGAGGGGAUGAAAUGGUUUCUGAUGUCCAGCAGCCCCUGUCACAGAUUCCUUCCGAUACAGCCUCUCCUCUUCUCAUACUUCCACCGCCUGUUCCCAGUCCUAGUCCUGCCCUCCGGCCAGUUGAAACGCCGGUCGUAGGUGCUCCUGGGAUGGGCGGUGUUUCCACAGAGCCAGAUGAUGAAGAGGGUCUCAAACAUUUGGAGCAGCAAGCUGAGAAGAUGGUGGCUUAUCUCCAAGACAGUGCACUAGAUGAUGAGAGACUGGCAUCUAAACUGCAAGAGCACAGAGCUAAGGGAGUCUCAAUUCCAUUGAUGCAUGAAGCAAUGCAGAAGUGGUAUUACAAAGAUCCUCAGGGAGAAAUUCAAGGUCCCUUCAAUAAUCAGGAGAUGGCGGAAUGGUUUCAGGCGGGCUAUUUUACUAUGUCUUUAUUGGUGAAGAGAGCAUGUGAUGAAAGCUUCCAGCCUCUUGGUGAUAUCAUGAAAAUGUGGGGAAGGGUUCCCUUCUCUCCCGGUCCAGCUCCCCCUCCUCAUAUGGGAGAGUUGGACCAGGAACGACUGACCAGGCAGCAGGAGCUCACGGCCUUGUACCAGAUGCAGCACCUUCAGUACCAGCAGUUCUUAAUACAACAACAAUAUGCACAGGUUUUGGCUCAGCAGCAGAAAGCAGCCCUGUCUUCGCAGCAGCAGCAACAGUUGGCACUUCUUCUCCAACAGUUCCAGGCUCUGAAAAUGAGAAUAUCUGAUCAGAACAUCAUUCCUUCAGUAACUAGGUCUGUGUCGGUGCCAGAUACUGGUUCUAUCUGGGAGCUUCAGCCAGCAGCCUCACAGCCUACAGUUUGGGAAGGUGGUAGUGUAUGGGAUCUUCCCCUUGACACCACUACUCCAGGACCUGCCCUUGAACAGCUUCAGCAGAUGGAGAAGGCCAAAGCUGCAAAGCUAGAGCAGGAGAGAAGAGAGGCGGAAAUGAGGGCAAAACGGGAGGAGGAGGAACGGAAGAGGCAAGAAGAACUGCGGAGACAGCAGGAGGAAAUCCUUCGGAGGCAGCAGGAGGAAGAAAGGAAGAGGCGGGAGGAAGAAGAGCUUGCCCGAAGGAAACAGGAGGAAGCUCUGCGACGCCAAAGGGAGCAAGAAAUUGCAUUAAGGCGACAGCGAGAAGAGGAAGAAAGACAACAGCAAGAAGAAGCUCUUCGGAGACUGGAAGAGAGGAGGAGAGAAGAGGAGGAAAGGCGGAAGCAGGAAGAGUUGUUACGCAAGCAGGAAGAGGAGGCUGCAAAAUGGGCCCGGGAAGAAGAAGAAGCCCAGCGUCGAUUAGAGGAGAACCGGCUGCGGAUGGAAGAGGAGGCAGCCCGACUCCGGCAUGAAGAAGAGGAGCGGAAGAGGAAGGAACUGGAGCUCCAGCGGCAGAAGGAGCUGCUGCGCCAGAGGCAGCAGCAGCAGGAGGCUCUCCGCAGGUUGCAGCAGCAGCAGCAGCAGCAGCAGCUGGCUCAGAUGAAGCUUCCCUCUUCUUCCACGUGGGGCCAGCAGUCCAAUACAACAGCGUGUCAGUCCCAGGCAACGCUGUCAUUGGCUGAAAUCCAAAAACUAGAAGAGGAACGAGAACGACAGCUUCGAGAAGAGCAGAGGCGCCAGCAGAGGGAACUGAUGAAAGCUCUCCAGCAGCAGCAGCAGCAGCAGCAGCAGCAGCAGAAGCUCUCUGGCUGGGGGACUGUCAGCAAACCCGCAGGCACUGCCAAGUCGCUCCUGGAGAUACAGCAGGAAGAAGCCAGGCAGAUGCAGAAGCAGCAGCAGCAGCACCAGCAGCCAAACAGAGCCCGGAACAAUACGCAUUCCAACCUGCACACCAGCAUUGGGAAUUCUGUUUGGGGCUCUAUAAAUACUGGUCCCCCUAACCAGUGGGCAUCUGACCUAGUCAGUAGUAUCUGGAGUAAUGCUGACACUAAAAACUCCAACAUGGGAUUCUGGGAUGAUGCAGUGAAAGAGGUGGGACCUAGGAAUUCUACAAAUAAAAAUAAAAACAACGCCAGUCUCAGUAAAUCUGUAGGUGUGUCUAACCGGCAGAAUAAGAAAGUAGAAGAAGAAGAAAAGUUGCUGAAGCUCUUUCAGGGAGUAAAUAAAGCCCAAGAUGGAUUUACCCAGUGGUGUGAACAGAUGCUUCAUGCCCUUAAUACGGCAAAUAACUUGGAUGUUCCCACUUUUGUUUCUUUCCUGAAAGAAGUAGAAUCUCCUUAUGAAGUCCAUGAUUAUAUUAGGGCCUAUUUAGGAGAUACCUCUGAGGCCAAGGAGUUUGCCAAGCAGUUCCUCGAGCGCCGCGCCAAACAGAAAGCCACCCAGCGGCAGCAGCAGCAGCAACUCCCCGCUGAGCAGGGAGCCCAACCUGGGGCUCCAUCCCAGGACCCUAGGAAACCUCAGUUGUGACAUCUUAUCUCACAGGACUCUGUGUGGGGAAUGAACCAUAGUGCACUCCAUUCAGUAUUUCAGACCAAUCAAAGCAACAACCAACAAUCCAAUUUUGAGGCCGUACAAAGUGGCAAGAAGAAGAAAAAGCAGAAGAUGGUCCGAGCAGAUCCCAGUUUAUUAGGGUUUUCAGUCAAUGCUUCAUCAGAGCGACUCAAUAUGGGUGAAAUCGAGACUUUGGAUGACUACUGAGCACCUGCCAGUGGACUGGCCUUCCUUCUCCUCUCUGCUGACCAUGGAUUCUCCACCUUUGGACACAACACUUACUCACCAUUUACUCUAUAUCACUCUGCAACAAAUCACAGAACCGAUCAUCUCAGGCUUUUUCUUCUAGCCCUUUGUG